CGAUAGAAACUCCCAUCCAGUUACUGUACGGAAUGGAGUAUAAACAAGCUAGCCUCGUCUUCGUCUUCACGACUUCACCUCGCUCGUUCGCGUCGCUGAUCUUCUGCUCCUCCUACGCCGUCGUCGCCAUUGCAUUGUAGAGAUAUCUCGAGGUCAUCGAGGUUAGUCAUGUUGUUAACUAAUUCGUCGUUGGAUCGGCAAUAUUUCUUCCGAUGCAGCAGACAGAUCAGAUCAGCCUCUCGAAUCCCUCCUCUAGACAUAAGAAGAUGAAGUAUUUUCUUCAUAUUACAACCCACAUAUUGUUUCUUUCGAGGAAUCAUAUUGUUUCUUUCGAGGAAUAAUCUCUUAUUGUUCAAUUCGAUGCUGCUUGGGACGAUGAAUGGAUAUCGACAAAGUUCGGCCUUGUAAUUAAGGCCGGCGUGCUGAAGUCCCGUCAACGGCUAAUCAAUGCUGACACCGUGGCGACGUGACCUGACCUGACCAGGGAGACCGUGGCAAUUAAGACGCCGUAUCCAACGGCGGAUCUGAGUGGCCAGAUGCAUCGGACGGUGAUAAGGGAUAUUCUGUGCCGUCCUUAUCCUGAUCCAACGGCAGGCGGAGGACGAUUGUCGGUUCACUCAGCUCCAUCUUCUUCCUUCUUCCUGAUCCGACCUUACGUGAAAUUCCAGCGAUCUCGCUCCUCUUGUAAGCCCUUUGAUCUACCAUGGCCGCAAAAUCUUCCCAGCUUUGGUACGAGACCACACCAUCCACCUACACCGAAGACGACGAUAGAUCGAGAAUUAGAAUGGCUUUCAAAAUUCCGCACGACCAUCGAAUCCGGAUACCCCGAUCAGAUCAACGCCCUCAUGUACCGCCGGAUGGUUUUACCACUUUCUUCCACGAGCAGCUCGUCGGUGGUUUGCGUUUUCCUGUGCCCUCGUUCUUUACUGAGGUGUCCGAGUAUUUCCGAAUUCCGCUACAGCAGUUAACUCCCAACUCCUUCAAACUUCUGUGUGCUGUAGUCAUUAUCUUCCGAUUUCAUCAUCUCCCGCUCAAUCCAGUAACAUUUCAUUACUUCUUUUAUGCCAAAACAAUCAAAGUCGGGGUCUUUUACUUUACUGCCCGACUAUCGUCCAAAUUCCUAAAACAAGAUCCCAAAUCCCAUAAGAGUUGGAAGUCAUGGAAGACCCGUUACUUUUUUGUCAAACCUGCCUGUCCAUUUACUUGGCCAAUCGGUUGGCAAAGGGAGCUUCCUCCCCAACCUUAUCUAGGCAACUUUAAGGAUGAUGAUACCUAUCAGGCUGCGGCAGACGUAUUGAUCGACCUCCAUUUUGAUGGGAACCUCCUGUUGGAGGAAAGCUUGCUCUUCUACUAUGGCCUGAGUCCUAUAGAGACACAACUCAAGCAGCCCCUGGCCGACAUCAUGCUGCGAGCCUCGUGCAACAAGCAUAUGAAGUGGAGUCGGGCUCGUCUGUCAGCCCCAGAGGAUUCACCUGCCACUGAUCCGAGUACUUCUGCUAAACUCGCGCCACCGCGACCAUCCAUGUCGCCAAAGGUCGUGUCCUCGGGCGAGUCGGAGGAGCAAUUCCAAUUCGAAUUCCAACCUCGCAAAAGGAGUCGGGAUUUGAAGCAAUCAGCAGAGGCGAGUUCUUCUCGUCAGUCAGCUAGUCCAAGUCUAACGCCACCAUCACCCGUCACACCGCAACCUACAACACCUCGAGAAUCGGCCCCUCCGACCAGCCCUAGCUCGUCGACCAUACCGGGUAUUUCCUCCGGCGACGACGUUCCUCGCCGACGUCGAUCUCCUCCAUUGGUAAAUAGUCUGUGGGAGCAGAUCAUGGCGACAGAGGAAGAAGCGGCCAAGAACAAGUCGCUCCCGGCGUUGUGCGACUCAAUGGUAGAGACUAACAUUAAGCUCUUGGCAGAACAACGAGAACUCACAACCCGCGGGCCCUACUUGAUGGAGAGAUAUCGGGCAAUGAAGGCGAUGGCGGACGAGUGUCAGGCGCAGCUCGAGAAUAAGAACAAGGAGUUGGAGGCGUCGAAGGCAGAGACAGCCCAGCUCAAGACGGAGGCGGCUGCUCACACGGAGCAAAUUGCCCGACUCCUAGCCAAACUGCAGGAAUCAAAACAGCGCCGGCUUGCGAGCGAACUGAGGGAGGCAGAAGAAAGAGGACGGCGAGAGCGGUUGGCAGCCGAGGUCGAGAAUCUGAAGGAGCAGCGGUCCAAUUAUAAAGUCGGCGAAGAAACUCAGUGGGCUAGUAAGAAGAAGGCGUUCUUGUCUUCAGUCGAGUUCUACGAUAUACUCGGCGCUCGUACUGUCUUGAUGCUCAAGUACGGUUUCGAAGGAGCGAUACGACAAGUCCAGAAGGUCGGGCACCUGCCCAAAGGGACAUCACUGGAUUUUCUUGAUCUUCAGAAAGUUUUGGAUAGCAUCCCGGACGACCUGCUAGCCGACUAGUAAUUUUGACUUGUGUAACCAGUCGUCAUGUAAUAUAACUUUUGAAGACACCUUUUUGAUUUGUCUAUAACAAUGCCGUUGACCUGUAACGCGGAAAGAUAUCUAUUCCAAAUUUAUUGUAAAAAGAAGACUGCGAUUGUUGAAAACUUUUGGAUUGCAGGUACAGAAACUGCAUGUUUGCAAAUGUUUUAA